CCACUGCCACCCACAACACAACCAUGGUCGUCUUCCACCACCCCGUCGUCGCCGUCUCGCACGGCCCCGGUCCACUGUGGCUUCUCUCGUCGGGCUUCGCCGGUAUGAGUAAGAGCAGUGUGCCCGCACGCACCCUGACCACUACGUUCGACAAGCUCUACCCGAAGGGCACGAACCUUCCGAAGCGCAUUCUGUACGUAUCCGCCCACUGGGAAUCUGAGAGCAGCGGCUUCGAGAUCUCUGCUUCCGCCAAGCCCGACAUGAUCUUCGACUACUACGGCUUCCCAGAUGAGGCCUACGAAGUCAAGUAUCCCGCCAAGGGGGACCCAGACUUCGCUCAGAAAGUCAAGACGCAACUCGAGAAAAACAACAUCAAGGCCAAGCUCGUGGACCGCGGCUUCGACCACGGCGUGUUCGUGCCGAUGCUUCUGAUCCGACCGCAGGCCGACAUCCCGAUCGUGACGAUGUCCAUCAACUCGCGUUUGGGCAACAAAGCGCAUUUCGACUUGGGCAAGGCUAUUGCACCGUUCCGCGAUGAGGAUACGCUGAUCUUGUGCUCCGGCCAGGCCACUCACAACAUGCGCGCCAGCCGCGACCCCAACAAUCCCCUAGAGGACUGGGCUGCCGUGUUCCAGGGCUGGCUGGAUAGCACUUUUACAGAGGAGUCCAAGCUGAGUUACGGCCAGCGUGGUGAUCAGAUUAUCAACUGGCCUAGCGCCCCUGCUGCGAGACUUGCGCACCCGACGCCCGACCACUUUGUUCCGUUCGUCGUCGGUGCUGGUGCAGGCAUGGAGGAGAGCAAACCAGAGGCGGAGAAGCUGUUCGGUGGGUGGGGAAUGGGCCACAUGUCAUUUGCUACCUACGCCUGGGGUGUCGAGCAUUGA